AUGCACUACGCCCCCAGUCUGGAAAUAGUCUCAGACAUUGGUAAUUACAAUUGGGGCAGUGCGGCUUUGGCUUGCUUGUAUAGAUCAAUGGAUUCUUCUUCUAGGGGUAGGUCCUCAAGUAUGGGCGGUAUGGGCCUGAGAGUACCUAAAGCCGUUGGCUUUAGCAAGGCCCAGUGGGAUCUUGAACACAUGGCCCCGUGCAUUGAAAUGAUUAGGUGCAAAAGCAAAGCGAGACUUGCACAAUCAGUUGGUACACUUUAG